AUGCUAAAGAUCAUAUUUCUAUUUCAUCCUCUAAUCCUUCUAUUUUUUCAUUUAACUUCAACAGAAACAAAUUUUAAUUUCAACGUUACAUAUGAGUCAAAUUUUACGGAUCAAAAUGAAAUCCAUGCAAGAAUAUCACGACGAUUACGUCGUGAACCAGCCGUAUGGGGUGAACCGGCACCGGAUUACACCGGUGUUCAACUGAAUGAUUACAUACAUUUCCUGAACGCUCUCAUUUUUGUUGAUUCAAAGAUUACAAAUCAUUAUGGCUCCGAUAUGGAUAAGGUAAAGAGUGAUGUAAUGAAAUUGAUUCAGGAAGCUAACAAUUAUUUCUAUCAAAUAAAUGUUCGAAUAAUUGUAUUGGAUGUAUUGCAAACAUUUCGUGAUGACCUCAGUUUGUAUUCUUUUGAGGAAUACAGAAAUCACAGAAUAUCACAAUUACCGAAUCAUGAUUUUGCUGCUUUAAUUUCAUAUCGCUAUGCUGGUGGUUUAGCAUUUGUUAAUGGUAUGUGUACCGCAAAGACUGUUAUGUUAUGUGGGUUUUAUCCAAAUAAUCCAACUGCUAUGGGAGGGAUAUUUUUUCAUGAAGUAGCACAUCUUCUUGGUGUACCACAUCGUAAUGCAACUAAUCUCAUUAAUAUACCGAAUUGUUAUUGUCCGGUAACUCAACGUACCACUAAUUCCGGAUGCCUAAAAAUACCAGGUUACGAUCAUGACUGUACGCUCCAACAAAUGGUCAAUAUGCUCGAGAAAAAUCGCUGUCUCAGGCAUGUUAAGGCUACUAAUUUCUUCUUUACGCAGCAUAUAGUUGAAAAGUCGUCAUUGCCGCUUUGCGGUAAUGGUGUUAUCGAAGGUGAAGAGGAAUGUGAUUGCGGAUUGCGCAAAUUGUGCCGCAAUUGGAAUUGUCGCGCCGAUGAAUGUUUACAAAUUGUGAAAACUUGGCAAAUGUACAUUUGCGCUUGGUUAAUUGCUAUGCUUAUUGUCACAGUAAUUAUUUGCUGCGUUAUUCGACGAUAUUUGUCGCAUUGUUGUGGAACAUCAACAAAUUAUAGCUAUGGCGCUUAUUGUUCAUGCAAUCUCUUACAACUUCUUUCAAAUCUUAAAUCAGUAAUCCGUCCAAAAAGUAAACAUUUCUGGUAUCGUACGGGCAGUAACUUCACGCAUUCUUUACGUCAUACUGGUAAUGGUACCAUCGGAACCAAACAACACUUCAUUGGACUACCUAAUAAGUUGGAUUCAAAUAGCAUAGCAAUAUUAAUUGCACCGAGUGAUAAGGAAUGUCUCAUUCGGAAGUCAAUGUCAACACGACCUAAACAACCACCACCACCACCACCAGCACCAGCACCACCAGCACCACCAGUACUACCAUCGCUUUCAUCUAGGAACACUCUUAACAAAGUGCUACCAUCCACUGAUAAUAUACCAUCAUCUCCUCUAAAACAACCACCACCAUUACCAAUAAAACCACCUAAUUUAUCUCUUAAAAUGUUUGUAACAGAUAAUGAUGAUACCUACGAAAUGCCAAAUACCGCAAGAAAAAGAUUAUCUUCACUAAUUCGAUCAAACACAAUGGAUUAUUCGCAAUCAUUGGAUUUUUAUACUGAUCACUAUGAUAGUAUAUCUCGAAAAUUUGAUGAUGAUUUUGAUGAUGAUUUCGAUGAUAACGAAUUUCUUUCUGAAUCAUACAAUCAUGAUAAACAAUAUCAUGAUAAACAACAACAACAACAACAAUCGAUACAUUAUACAGUAAUUGUUCCUACAAAAGAACGUUUACCUAUUCAAGAAAGAAAAGACGUAAAAUCAGUACCAAUGCAUCACUUGGAACACUUAGCUAAAUUAUCUGUACGUGAAGAAUCAUUCUCGUCUAAUGAAUCCAGAAGUCACUUCUAUCCGUCAGAUGACACAAUAAGCACUGGACUAAGCGAAGAAGAUGAACGACUUGUUUCUGUCGUCGAUAUUGUGCGCAAAUUUAAUGGCGCAAAAAGCUAA